GGAAAUCAGUGGUUGAUAACAGGAUAUUAGUCUAGAUGAAGUAUUCGGUUAACAAUUAUGCGGAUUAUUAGAUAAUAGUACAAGUUGUAAAAAUAAGUAGACGUCAAUUUAUGGUAGUACUGAAGACGAUGUUUGUAAAGACUGACUCAUGAAUUUCUUCAGAAGAAUCGUGAAGCACAUAAAGGGUGAGGAAACUGCAACAGGAGAGAUUGAUAACAGUCCACGUGAUGACGCUUAUAUUCCUUCAAACACAACACAAUACUACAGGAGAUCAAGAGACAUUUCAGAUGAGGCUUCUAUCAAUGCAAUAAGGGUGUCUUGUGUCCCGGGUGAUAAUGAUGUUCGUGGAAUAUCCCAAGAUCACCCUUUAAAAGGUGCCGAUUCAUCCCAGAUUUUGUCUCGUACCGGUAAGUCUGAUUUAUAUGAUCUCGAUUCUUCUCGAAUUCUCAUUAAAGAAGACUCCGAUGUAGAAACACUGAAAUAUGGUAGAUGCCCUGCAUCCGGAUGUACAAAUUCUAUAUCAAGUAAUGUUAACUCUAGUAAUGACAUGUUAUAUGGAGUAUUAGAAAAUGAAAAAACUAACAAAGAAGACCUUAUGCAUUCAGAGUCAAUAGCAAGUCCAUUUUCGAAUGAUGUAAAACCUGCUGUUAUCAACAGCCGAGAAAUUAGUAAAGAUGUUUCUGGACAAAUAACACUUACUUCAUUUAUAAAUGAUACACCAAAACAAGUUAUGACUAAAGAUGCACCUAAAAACCAAGAGAGCGAUAUCUAUGUAAAACUCUCAGAUUCAUCAACGUCUACGAAAACGAAAGUCGAAAGUUUUCAUGAUCGUUACAGAGCAUCAUUUUCUCAAGAAAACCAAAUAGGCGAAAUACUAGGGAAAACGAAGUCACAGAUAUCAACCGGUGGUAAAGCACCAAAUGAUAUCAACUGGGAAUUUAAAACAGAAAGAAAAAGUCAUAAAUCGACAGAAAAACCGAAUGAGAUGACUUGUCAUUUACAAUCAAAAACAAAUCUCGGUGACAAAAUUCUCCCAAAGAAUGUAAAACUUAUGUAUAAUGCUAAUGAUACUAAUUCUUCAAAGGUCAAGCUGUUUGAGGAACGCGAAGAAACAGAAACGAAAUGUAGAUUGAACUUAAAAUCUUCUAGAUCGAAGGAAAAUGUUGUUUCAGAACCACGGUUAAACUGUAGCGGAGAACAUUUGAAUGAAGUGUUCUCUAGCAAUGACAAUUUACCUAACACAUUCUAUGAUGUACUCUGGUAUUCCGCUUCAAACCAGAAUGCAUCUGAAAUGCGGACUAGUCCAUGGAAAGAGAAAGAAAUAAUUGCAGACAUUGGAAGACCGAAAAAUGACAUGGAUUUAUCUUAUGGAAAGAAGCAAACAAAUGUGAAGAAAGCUAAUGAAAUAUCUGAUUUGAAUAUAAAAUCUGAUUAUAUGGAAAAGAACAAACUAGACGGGAAGAUGAAUUCACAAAAUGAACUCGCCAGCCAACUCAAAAUGGAAGAAGAUAAUGUUAGAAUGACUCAUGUUGAACACUCAAGACAUUACAUUUCCGCUCAAGACACUAAGAGUGAUAUCAGCUCACAGGAUGAAUAUUCAUUGGAGACUGCAAUAAAACUUGACGCGUGCAUAGAUAUGUAUGAAAAGUUAGCUUGUCGUUUGGAAACGCCAGAAUCAGAGAAUUUCACAAAGACUACAUAUGGUGCUAAUAGUUGUAUUAAAAAUAAUUCUGUUCAAUAUCAAGAAACAACUGUUGAAAUGUCAGGAGUAAAUACGAGUGAAGCUUGGUUUGGAAUGAUUGAUGGCAGCAAAAUCUCCCAAAAGGAUGAAUAUUGCUUUAAAACGAACAUAAACGUGCGUGAUUCUACUACCACAGAUUGUCUUAAGAAAAGAUCUAAAAUGUCACUGGGCAGGACAUGUAAUGAAGUAACUGAUUUAAAAAUAUCUAAACACGUCAUAAGGGACGUUGUUGCUCCUAGUGAUCUUUAUACUUAUGUUCAGCCGCCUGCUGAACAAACAAAGCUUGAUUUUGGUCAUGAGAAGGAAACAUCAAAAACGUGUCAUGAUAUUUCAAUAGAGGAAUUGAAUUUAAAUGAACAUGAGACAUCGACAGUUAUUUUAGAUACAGAAAAAAUAAACAGCAAUCUGGCUCAAAAGGCAAAAAUCGUCAAAGGCGAUGUAAAAGAAAAAGAAAGAUUUACUGAAAAUGCAUUAUACAGAAAUAGUUGUGAGAUAAGCAGCACCGUUGAAAUGAAGGAACCGAAACGCAAACUUCUAAAAGAAGAUAUUUAUAAAAACCCGAAGGAAAAUACCUUGGCACAACAAUCUUACACUGUCAAAACGAGCAAUCGAAGUACUAUAGCCAGUUUUGAAAGUAAAGCCGACAGCUCACAGGGUGAGCAAGAAAAAAUACAAUUUAAAGUCGAAGAGCAACAAAGCGAUGUUUCCGACAUGUGGAAUAGUGCAUGGAGAAAGCAAAAGUCAAUUGAAGAAGUUUGGACUUUAAACAGUGACGUUCAUGGUGGCCCUCAUGUGAAGAGGCAGUCAAGCUUGAUAAAAGCGAAUACAAAAUCACGUUUGAAUGCAAUAUCUGUUGACAUAGAAAUGAAAAAGCAAAUUGAGGAAUUUAACCUGCAAAACGAAUCCGUAAGUGAACUUGAGAUGGAAAUAUCUAGUUUCAAAACUGAAAAGGGUCAACAACCAAAAACGAAUAUUUCCACUCAAGACACUCAAACCAAUAUCAGCCCACAGGAUCAAAUUUCCUGUAAAACCAGACAAAAACCAUUUUCCCUGAGAGAUGAGAUAUCUGGAACUGCACUACAACCGUGUAAAAAAGUGCUAAAUGAGACAAAUCCCCAUUUGGGAACCGAGAACGUCACAAAACCUAAACAUGAUGCCAGAAGUUGUAUUAGAACCAAUCCUGUCGAAUAUCAAGAAACACACGUAGAGAUAUCAAGAUCUAAUAUAAGUGAAACAGGCUUUCGAGUGAAUAAUGAAAAUGUUGAUGACAGUAAAAUCUGUCAAAAUCAAGAAUGCGAUAAUUUAUCGGAUUUUAAACCAUAUGAUUUAUCCUUUCAAAAGACAUGGAUUCAGGACAUGACUAAACACGUAUCUGAAUUUAAAAUGUCUACAGAUGUCGGAAGUAAUGUAAUUGCGUCUAGUAAUCGUGACAGUACUGUACAAAUGUCUGUUGGACAAAAACAAAUAGAUUGCUGUCUGGAGUAUGAAAGGCUUAAAACCAAGCAUUAUACAUCAACAGCAGAAUCAAUUGUUCAGAAGGAGCUUGCAUCUACAGUUACUGUCAGUUUAGAAAGUGUAAAUAUAGUUCAGACAACUGAAAAGAGAAAGAGUUCUGGAAAGGACGAGCUGAUAAAGAAAGAAACAUUAACUGAAAAUGUUAGGAAGCCAGAGAAAUUAAUUCUUGAAAUUUUCAAUUGUGAUAACAUAUAUGACUACCAAAGCUUUUUACAAGAUAGAAUAGGGAUUUCAGUUAAAUUUACUAUUGAAGACAUUAUUAAGAAACAAAAUAGUACAAAUCUAAUUGUCCAGUUUCCCAGUAAAACAUCGAGCAGAAAAGUCACUGAAAUAUUGCAUUUAAGGAACUGUGAGUGCAAGACUAUUGUUAAGUGUCAUUUCUACGAAGAACAAAGGAAAAGAGACAAAAGACAGAGAAAUGCGAAAGCAGAAGCAUCACCCAGAAAUAGUUGCGAAAAAGAUGUCACAAGGGAAACGACACCAGACAAGCAGAAAAAGCCAAAAGAUCAGAGUCGGAGUCAAAAGAUACUUUUGUCGGCAACACAAUCUACUGCUAUCAAAAUUGACAACCAAAGAAUCCAAACCAAUUCUGAAAGCGUAACAAUCGGUUAUCAUGCAAAACGAAAAACAUCUGAUGGUGGAAAUUGUGAUAUGUUUUACGGACUUGUUGAUGAACAACGCAUUGAAAUGGAUACUAAAAAAGAAACUGAAAUCAAAUCUCAGAUUUUCAAAAGGUCAAGCACAACAAAUAAACAAAAACACAACUGUAUAUCAAAGAAUAAAACUGUCACAACCAAAAGAGAAAAACAACUAAAAGGAGAGACAACUAAUGUUUCAGACAAUUACCACUCAAGUGAAAAUUUACAAAGCUUAAAAUCUGAAAUAGACAACAAAAAGUUACAAUCCAAUAAAUCUAAUAUUAAGAUUGUACAAGAUGGACUGUUAAAUUUGGAAAGUGACCUUGUUUCACAAAAUAAUGUGGUUAGGCACGAAAAUCACAAGGAAAUGACUGAGGCAAAGUCGAAAUCCAAACGUGUUUACACAGGAGCACCCAAAAAUGGUGACUAUUCAACUGGUGAGAUAAAAGUUAUACAAAGCAUGAAUACAAGGAAAACAAAUAGUGAAAUUACACAGAACACUCCUUUGACUGUUAAUAAACUCGUUGAAAAAAAUCAAAUUAACAAUCCAGACUCUUCAGUCAACACCACUGCAGUAGCAGAAAAGAAAUUGAACACGACUGAACUCGGUCAAGGAAAUUACAAAUGCAAACCACAAUGUAUUGAAAUCGAAAUAUAUAAUCUUUCAAGGGCAGAAUCAAAUUUGGAACGAUUUUUGAAUUUGCGACUACAAAAGCAAGUUAAAUUUAGUAUUAAAAGUAUGGAAGUAUUACAAAAUGUGAUUUUUUUGUCUGUUGAAUUCCCAAGCACAAAUUCUUCAAGGAAAGCUAUGGUUUUACUCCAGAAGGGCAACACACUGACGGGAACCAACAUUAAGUGUCAUAUCGAUAAGAAAAGAAAACAGGAGAUUCAACAAAACUUGCGAAAUAAAAGGCUAUCGGAUAUGGCAAGCCAACAAGCAGACAUUGCAAAACAAUUUCAGGACAAUCAUGAGACACAACUUAAAGAAUUGAGAAAAUAUUUAGAAAAGUUUAAGGAUAAGAAGCAAAAAUUUCAACCAAUAGACAGCUUUAAUAAAAAGAACAAAGAGAAAGAAACAUUGACUUCAAAAGUGAAAGAAAUGGAAAGCCAAAAAUCUGAAUUCAAAUCUUUUAUAAAGUCAUUCCUUUGCAAGUUAGAAAAACUUCAAAACUCUUCCUUUAAUGAACAGGAAUUGUUGGAGCUUGAAACCAGCUUCAAAUCUGAGUGUGACAGGUUUGCCGCCGCACUUCCCAUAUAUGCAUGCAGAACAGAAAUUUGUACAAUGAUUCAUAAAGAUCAAACAUCCGUUAUUCUAGGUGAGACUGGAUCGGGAAAAAGUACACAAGUCGUUCAGUAUCUAUAUCAAACAGGUAUUUAUUCAGAGGGGAUUAUCAUUUGCACCCAACCAAGAAAAGUAGCUGCUAUUAGUCUGGCCACUAGAGUAGCAAAGGAAAUGUCAUCAAACGUUGGCAACUUGGUAGGAUAUCAAGUCGGUAUGCAAUCAAAAAAAUCAAAAGAUACCAAAAUCCUUUACGUGACAGACCAUGUGCUUCUAAAUGAAUGCCUGAAAGAUCCCCAUCUGUCAUUGUUUUCUUGCAUAAUUAUCGAUGAAGCUCAUGAAAGAAGCAUCUUCACUGAUCUUUUACUAGGAAUGAUAAAGAAAUGUCUGCCGUCUAGGCCGGAUUUACGUGUUGUAGUAACAUCUGCUACUAUCGAUCCAGAUGUAUUCGUUCGUUUUUUCGGUGAAUGUCCAGUAUUGUCAGUUUCCGGUAGAACUUUUCCUGUCGACGUGGAGUGGUCAGAAGAGGCAUUUGAUGAUAAUUAUGAAAAAAGGACACUCGAGAAAGCUAUAGAUGUCCACCUAAGAGAAGACAAAGGAGAUAUAUUAGUUUUCCUAACGUCCCCAUUAGAAGUCGAAAAAAGUUGCAAACAAUUUGAAGAUAAACUUCGAAGCUAUCGUGAUUUUAUAUGCCUUCCUUUACAUGGGAAACUACAAGCAAACGAACAACAGCGAGUUUUUAACCCUGCAUCACAUGGAAAACGGAAAAUUGUAUUUGCCACUAACAGUGCUGAAACAUCCAUAACAAUACCAGGAAUUAAGUACGUUGUAGAUUCCGGACGAAUAAAAGAAAUGCAAUUUGAUCCUAAAAAGAACAUAAGUUCAUUAGUUGUAACAUUGGUGACACAAAGCUCUGCAAAUCAAAGAAGUGGCAGAGCUGGACGAACCGCUCCUGGAAAAUGUUUUAGGCUUUAUUCAGAGGAUGAAUAUAAAAAAAUGAAUGUAUGUUCCACUCCAGAAAUAUUACGUGUUAAUUUAGGACAGGCAAUCCUAAAGCUCAUGGAAUUAGGUGUUGAUCCUAUUUCAUUUGAUUUCGUAGAAUCACCUCCAAGGCAUCAACUGACUAAUGCUAUGGAAACGCUUGUGUCAAUUGGUGCAGUAUCAGAAGGAAUGCUGACAGACAUUGGAAAAUGGAUUGCAAAGCUACCUUUUGAUCCCAUACUUGGAGCAUUUAUACACGACGCAAUUGGAUGUGAUGUUGGUAUUGAAGCUCUAAUUUUGACAGCCUGUUGUGGCUCUGGAGGGUCGCUCUUUUACCGAUCUGGUACUCUUGCAGAGAAAACAAAUGCGGAUAAAAUGAAAAUUCGAUUUUCGCAUCAAGGUGGCGACGUCAUGACAAUGUUGAAUGCGUAUAGAGAGUGGCAUGUUCAACCGGAAAAUUCCAAGGGUAAAUGGUGUGCACAGAACUAUGUUAAUGGGAAAACGAUAAAAGCUGUGAGAGAAACUGCUACCGAAGUGCUCUCAAUUCUUCGCAAGGAAUUAAAAAUUAAGUUGGAAUUUAAGUUAAGUGAUCCAGAAAAAGUUGACCUCAUGUUACAAAAAAUGAUAUUCAAAACUUUCAAGCACAAUAUAUGUCACUUUUUAGGACACGAGCGAGCUGGUUAUCAUGUCAUACAUAAAGCACAUGAUGUUUGUCUUUUUCCAUCUUCAUCUUUGCCUUCUCUUGGACUCAAGCCAGAAUGGUUAGUUAUUGAACAAGUUUUACAAAUAAAUCGAGACUAUGGUGUCAAUGCCACACCAGUACCAGUUGAGUGGAUUGAAGAAGGGCUAGAAGAAGGUUGGCUUAAACCCUUUGAUAUGGAACGUGUUGAAAAACAAAAAGUAAGGUGCUUAGGUGCGUACGGAAUGGGAGACCAAACUUUCAGAGAUUUUGUUGGACCUCGCUAUGCAAAACUGAAGGACAUCGAGAUACUACUUAACGAGAUUGCAGAUGGAAGUAUUGUUAUACUCGAUACAGAUGGUAAAACAGGCGAAAUUUGCCUCUAUUCUACAAAUACAAAAUACGUGACAUCACUAUUGGUUAAGCAUGUUGAAAAUAUAUUGAACGCAUUGAGAAGAAAAUUCAAGGAUGAGAAAAGCGAACAGUAUUUAAGUUCUUCAAACCAAGGAACGCGUAUAGUUAUUUCAGCCGGUUGUAAUGUAGCAGAUGUUCUCAUGCCAGACGAAUUCAAAUCAGUCAUAGUAGUCAGUGAUCCUCUCAACGUGCAAUGGCUUACUGAAGAAGUUGUUAGAAAUGAAUUUGAGACAUAUGGUCAAGUUGAACACAUUGAACAGUUUUAUUUUACCAAGAAUAAGAGAAAUUGGGGAAAAGUUACCUUUAUGACAACUCAAGAAGCUGAAUAUGCAGUAAAAGAAUCAAAAGAAGAAGAGAUAUGUGCUCGACCAACUGGAAAUGCCAGACUCCAAAAUGAACAUCGUUUUCGUGUAAAGUUCGAAUGGUGCCGUCGUAAAUCUAAAGGGUCUGCUUUUGUAGAAUUCAGCGAACAAAGAAUAGCUGAUAAUAUACUCCAUGACUGUAGGUCAUUGCUGAUAGGAGGAACCAGAGCAGUACUGAAUCCUAGUAAAAAAGGAGGAAGUCAAAUAUUUGUUAAUAAUUUGAACAGAUUUGUAAAUGAAGCAGUAUUGAGGCAUAGCUUUGUUACAAAAUUCCAUAUUGGUGAUAAUCAUAUUGUUGCAGCUUCGUUCAUUCGCGAGAGGGUUCAGACUUCAAGACCAGAACUAGAUUUAAUCCAACAAAGACUCCGUGCCCACAUACAAAUGCAUGUCAAAGAAGGAAAAUAUGAUCUAUUUAUAAAACCACCCAAAGAUCAGGAUUUCACGUUUCUUGCCUUUGCAUCUUUUUCAAAGGUAGAAGAAGGACAAAAUGCAAGUGCACAUGUACAGCAAAAUUUUAGACCUAAUGGUGAAGUUCUAAACACAUCUAUAACGCUUCAAGCCUCAAUUCUUGUUUACAAAGCCAUAUUUGAAAAAUGUAAUGACGUAAUAUUUAAAGCUAUUACUACUUUGAAUCAACAAGAAGGGAUUGAAAUUCGCCAUAAAAUAAUGAGAAACGGAAACUGUAAACUUGACAUGAAUUGCGAUCAUGUUGACACUUUACGAAGGGUCAGACGAAAACUUGACAAAAUUGUUCAGGGCAAAAGAAUGACAAAGCAAGAAUUUCCAAAUAUACAGGAACUUUUCACAAGAGCUGGGAAGUAUGAAAUACGGAAUAUCAUGUCACAAACAAGUUCGUUGAUAAUAGACGAUUAUCGAAUACUAGAAAUAUCGAUUUACGGCGAAAAAGAGAAGCGAAACAAGGCAUCAACACUUUUAAAAGAGUACCUGUAUAAAUUGAGUCAAGGAAUUAACCGAAGUUUAUCUCUAAAAGGAGCAGAUAAGCCAUUCGGUGUUAUAAAAGAAAUGUUUUUACGAUUUGGUAUAGAUCUUGGGAAGAUGAAACGUGAUAUCAGAGGUCUUCACCGUUUACAGAUUAAUUUACGUCAUCAUAGUGUUGAUAUAAACGGCACGUCUGAAGCUGUUGAAAAAGCAGUGGUCGAAAUAAAUGGUGUGAUUGAUCAUUUAAGAGAAAUGCAAAACUGUGAGCACAUUGAGAAUGAAGAACACCAAUGUGCUAUUUGCUUCAUGGAAAUAGAAGAUGGGGAAAUGUACCGUUUAGAAUCUUGCGGUCAUCCUUUUUGUAAAACUUGCAUCGUUCCACAACUGGAAUCAGCAGUUGGAAACAGUGACUUUCCCUUGGCAUGCUGCAAAGAAAGUUGUGAUGAAUUAUGGUCAUGGAAGGACAUCACCAAAUUAUCAUUGCAGUCAGGAAUGACAAUUAACAACUUGGUCAAUCGAGCCACAAGUUCCUAUAUUGCAAGAAAUGUAAAUGAAUAUAAAUAUUGUACUUCGCCAGAAUGCCCAAGUGUUUACCGCGUGACAAAGAUGGUCAAUGAAUUCAGUUGUGGUGAAUGCGGGGCGAGGAUUUGUACAGCUUGCCACACCCAGUACCAUGAUGGUAUAUCAUGUGACAAUAUGAAAGAACUUAAGGAGGAUACUUCUGGAAUAGCAAUAUGGCUACGAAAAGAUCCCCAUAAUCGUAAACUGUGUCCCGGCUGCGGUUUACCAAUUGAAAAGGCAUCUGGUUGCGACCAUAUGGAAUGUACCAAGUGUCGUAGACAUUUUUGCUGGGUAUGUCUAGCGCAUUUUGGUUCUAGUGGGGAGUGUUAUGGUCACCUUCGUAGUGAACAUGGUGGAUAUGGAGGAGGAUACUAAUUUAUGUAUUUAUUGUAAUUGUGCAAACUUUGUAUUUAUGGUAUUUUCAGAGUUCAAAAUAUGUGUACGCAUUUCAACAGGAUAAGAGAGUAAUCACAUAUUGUAACCAGAAUCCUAUAUAAGAUGUGAGUCUGGCAUCGUGUUUCUGGGACACUGAGCCAUGCAUGUUGUAUAACGCAUUCUCUUUGAAAUUUACAUUCCUGAUUCUGUGUCUUUAAUGUAUUGUAUUUUUUUUUAUUUAAGCGCGAAGGUACAUUCCAAAAAGUACUCGUUACACAGUGUGGUAGAUAUAAUUUUUUCAAGAGGCACGGCCAAUUUCUCCUGUAUCUAUUUCCCUCUGAAUGCGGCAUGGUCAAAAGAAGAAAGUGUUUUGAACGUAUUGGAUUUUUAGUAUUAAAGUCGGAAAUAAUAUAUUUAAAAGACUUUUUAACAAUUUUACAAUGUUGAAGACAACUUUGAUACAAAAUAUGCAAAUUUAAAGGGAAGGUUUUUUUGUUGUUGUAAGUUUCUUCAUUGAAGGGUACUAAUAACCAAAGUGAAUUUGAAUUUGAAACCCAGACAACAGUAGUACAUCCGAUUUCGGUUAAAUAUAUUCUUCUUAUUUAGUUUUUAUGGAGAUGGGGACGUAAAAUACCUGGAAUUUGACAAAAUCUAUCUUAAUUGCAGUGUUGGUCCUUCUUUAUAUAUAUGUUGUUUUCAAUUUAGACUUGAUUAUAUAUUUUUUUGUUUGGGCUUGUAUUAUAUUUUCAUUCGGGUUUAUAUGAUCCGUUCAACCUAUUUCGACUCUUUAAAAUUCAGAGUCUAUCCUAAAUUGAGGUAAAUUAUAUGGCCUUCCAAAUACCGUUUCGAUCCCUAACAUCACUGAAGAGACAUUAAUUGUCGAAAUCCGGAUAUUGUGUACAAAUUUUUGCACCUCAUGUUUGCGGUAUACCAUCUUUUCCGCAAGUUUAUUGUUUUCUGUUUGGUAAUAAAUUAAAUAUUAAGAUCCAUUUUGUUACAUCUUGUGAUCUGUUUCUUUGGCAAUCGCCAAUGGCAGUCAGCAGAGUUUAAGAACAUCAGCUGUUCGACCUGCUAGUCAAAUGCGUUUUGUUAGAAUAUACUUUUUUCACAUUUUUUGGUCUUUUGGGAAAUGUUGUUUGUGCUGUAUUUACACCCCUCUACCAAGAAACUUGUUUUGCAUGCACACGUAUAAAAAUUGCGGUUUUUAUCCAACGCAAUCAUAGGUUUGAACGUUGUUUUCAAUUUAGACUUGUUUAUAAUUUUGUUAUAUAUGUUCGGAAAUACUCCAUGCUGUUAGAACUUCAAAGUAAAACAUGAAGCUGUGAUAUUGUGAAUUUAAAUAAAUAUUGAAAGACUAUUUUAAAUGGCUCUAGUGUGAAAUGAAUUCAGGGGAAUGCGGCCAUACUUGCUUAAUCAUUGUUGAGGGGUUUUACGCAGUCCGAUUAAACCAGAUCUCCUUUCUCCUUUAGUUUGGGUGUACGAUGCUCAAUCAGGUUGGGGUUUUAUUAUACAUUUGGUAUUUGGGAUAUUUCUGGGUUUUUAAACGCGGGGUGUUUUAAAUUACUUUGAAGAUAUGAAACAUAACAUGUGUAUUUUGAGCGAAAAUAAGAAGGUGCAAUAAGUAAGUGGAUACAAUGUUUUUGUGUGAUUUUUACUUCAUGUCCGAUUUUGCUUUUUGUUCUAGUCCGAUCGUCAAAUUUUAUAUUUGUCUAAUAAUUUUGCUUUUCGAUUGGAAUUUGGCUUCUUGACUGAUGCUAUUCUUUCGAUUUGCUUUUUCUUUCAUACUUUUGCUUCUCUAGUCUGAUGCUUUUUGUCCGAUUUUCUUUUGUUCAAAAAUUUUCCUAUGUGUCCGAUUGUUUGCUUUUUCACUUGAUAUUUUGUUCUUGGAUUUAUAAUUGAAUUGAAAAUAUUAUAUGCAUUUAAUUUUAGAGAGUCCUAGGGUAGAUAUACAGAUUUGUAGGAAAUGAUUAUUUACGAUAGAAUUGCUUUACCAGAAUUGAGUGUCGAUAGCUAAUACAGUGUAUAUAAUGUGCGAAUCCUGAAAUGCCAUUUUUACUGUAUCCGUGAUGAAUUUCUAAUGUAGAAUGAUAAAUAAACAGACGACAAAUUCGUGAUUUUUGAAUAAAACAAGAAAUAAUAUAUAA